AUGCCAAGGUGUGCGAAUAAAGGUUGUCAAAAGGAAUUUGACGAGUCGAAUAACAAGGAGGGAAGUUGUAAUUAUCAUCCUGGUGGACCGGUAUUUCAUGAAGGCUUGAAAUCAUGGUCUUGCUGUGCUGAAGUGAACAAGCCCGUACUGGAAUUCGAUCAAUUCAUGGCUUUACCCACAUGUACGAAAGGCAAACAUUCCGCAUCCCCAACUCCUGCUCCCGCUUCUAAACCUACUCAACCGACAACAUCAUCCGUAGAAGAACCUACCAUGUCAUCGGACGGAGUGGAGACUUAUGGUUUCUCGAAACUGUCCACGAAAUCGGAUACUCCUGCACCGGCUGUAUCAGCAACUUCAUCUGUACCUGCCCCGGCGCAGAAGAUUGUCGAAGAGGAAGAAGAUGAUCCGAGUGUACAAGUGACAGAAGGGACACAAUGUAAGAGAUUGAGAUGUGAGUAUAAGUAUGUGAAUGAGGAUGAGAGCAGGAUAGAAGGUGGAUGUAGGUAUCAUCCUCAAGGCGCAAUAUUCCACGAAGGUUCAAAAGGUUAUCUAUGCUGUAAAAGGCGGGUGCUAGAAUUUUCAGAAUUCCUAAAAAUCGAGGGAUGUAAGACCGGUAAACAUUUAUUCGUAGGUUCAAAGAAGGAUGAGACGAAAGAAGAGAAAGUAGAUUGUAGAUUGGAUCAUUAUCAGACACCAUUACAAGUUCAUGUAUCUGCUUUUGCCAAAGGAGCGGAUAAAGAGAAAUCAAUUGUCAGAUUUGAAUCUCAAUCGUUACAUCUCGAUCUAUACUUACCAUCUAACAAAAGGGUCAAAAAGGUUUUACAGCUCUAUGGCCCCAUCAAUCCUGAGACUAGUACAUUUAGGAUAUUAGGUACUAAAGUCGAUAUAGUACUACAGAAACCCAGUGCGAUCUCAUGGCCUUUACUCGAACUGCCUCCUCCAGGUACAGAGUUACCACCGGGAUACGCCCUGACUUUCGGGGUGAGUGGGAGGACAGGGACGGUAGGUGGGAAGGAGAUUGUGCUUUCGCCCGAGGAGUUGGCUAGGAGGGGAGCAUGA